UCGCGCGCUCAUCAGACCUAAUUAAACUCACCUGUCGGUGUGACUGAAGCGGCUCGUGCGGCGGCGUCUGAAACCAGAGCGAGUGUUUACCGAGUUUACCGUGAUGCAGAAAGGCCUGAAGAAGUACUUCGUCAACAUGGACGAGUACCUGUGCAGUCUGGGCCUCUACCGGAAGAUGGUGGCGCGAGACGCGUCCAGUCUGUUCAGAGCCGUGUCCGAACAGCUGUAUUACUCUCAGAACUACCAUCAGAGGAUCCGUCAGGACUGCGCCGACUUCAUGAGAGCCAACAGAUUCAACUUUGAACCGUUUGUUGAAGGUUCUUUUGAGAAAUAUCUGGAGCGUCUGGAGGACCCUAAGGUGAGCUGCUACAGCCUCAGGUGUCUCCAUAUUUCCAUCUGUCUGUCUCAGGUGCGUCUGGAGCCAAAGGGGAAGUACUACAAUGCCUUCAUCCAGGAAGUAGGAACACACCCGUCAGCCGUCACCGUCUUCAUCGAGGAGCUGGGAGAGAAACACCUGGUUCCUCUGACGGAUCUGAAACCAGUCAAUCCAGUUCCAGCCUGGAACAUUGCUGCUCCCACCAGAAAGGGAGACCUGGACACGGACCCUCGUGGUCAGCGACAUCACCGUCAUCGCUACUUCAGGAAGUCUCGUGGCAGCAGCGGGUUGAAGGGGGCGGAGCUUCUGAUGCCACCGCCGUCCUACGGAGGCCCGGCUCCCUCCGCCCUGCCCCCCCGCUUCCAGCCAGCGGGCCACCCCCGCCCGCCCUCACCCCUGUCACCGGGAGCUAUGACCUACGACCCCUACGCCCCCCCACACCACCACCACCACCACCCCUCAGCCAGACCUCGCUAUGGAGCCUCCAGAAGCUCCACCCGUUUCCUGAACCGUCACCUGAUUGGUCCUCAGUUGACCUAUUACCACCCUGGCAGGAGAUAUUACCAUGACUACGAGAGCUAUGCCUUCAGGUCACGUCGCAGUCGCCGUCAGCUGGCGGCGGCCAUGAAUAAAGACGGUCAGUUUGGUUUCCCCCCGGAGGUCGAGGAGGAGGAGCCGUCCGACCUGGACGCCACCAUCACCUUUUACCAGCUGGACGCCGCCGACGGAGUCUUCCCUCCACUGGCUGGCCCCACUGUGGCCCCUCCUCCCUCAAUGGGAGCCCCGCCCCCUUCCACUGGCUCCUCCUACAGAGUUCAGAGAGGCUCGGGGCCCCUCCCCCCCGCACCUCCUCCAGGGAGCAACCCCAUCUGUUCAUCAGAGGAGGAUCAGGAGGACACCAGCACCGUGGAGGACCAGGCUGAGUACACAGAGGAUUACAUCUACAUCACUCAGGAUCAGAACUACCAGACCUCAGGUGUUUACUCUGCUGCUGAGCCCUCCACCAACCAGGACGACCAGGAAAGAGGAACUGCUGACUCUCCACCGAGAUCAGAGAUGAACUACAGCUACACACAGCAGGUAGUGAAACCAUUAGUCAUCUGCUCUUCACCCUCCUCUUCAUCCUCCUCACCCUCUUCUCCAUCAUCACGUGUACCUGCAACUGCCCACCUGCCGGCAGCCACACAGACACGCUCAGUUGCCAUGGCGAUUCCAGCCUCUUCUCCAUGGUUGGUUAACGAGUUAGGUGAGCCUGUCUGCACCAUGGUAGCUCCGCCCCCUUACUCCUAUGACCCUAACGGCAGUGAUUUACCCCGAGACUGCAGAGUCCUCCAGUAUUACUUCAACUUAGGAGUCCAGUGGUACCAUCAGAGCUGUUGGCAGCAGCAGGCGUAUCCCGCCACCUCGCCGGAGGCCUCCUACUCCUACCAGCACUACACCCCCUACCUGAACCAAGAGCCCCCUCUGCAUGCCGUCACUCCUUUGUACCCUGAGACUCGAGGACUCCAUCAACCCCCCUCCUACUACCCAGAAUCCACCAGGGCAGGAGACGGACAGACGGACGGACACAGCGGCGGCCCCGCCCCUUCAGGAGAAGGCCCCUCCUCCUCAACUAGCCCCGCUCCUCCAGGCACCGCACCCCCUCUCCUGUACCAGGAUCAGACGCCCCUCCCAUCCCCGUCGCUGCUGCACCUGCCGUACGAAGCUCCGCCCCCCGCCACCUACCUGCCCUCGGCCCCUCCUCACCUCACCCAUCACUCCUCCUACUGCCUCCCCCCCUCCACCCACUGGGGGGCCCUGCAGACUGGAGGCCACACACAGCGGGUCUACUGCCCCGCUCCUAACUCUGCCCACGUGGUUGGUUACAUCACAGCGCCGCCCCCCCACUACAUCCCCCCCCCCAUCUAACGUACCUCACUCAUUAGCUCGUGGCUAGCGAACCCUUUGUGUUCAAUGAGCAGGGCUAGCAGCUAACAAGUCAGCAGGAAAACCUUGUUUAUCAAACUAUAUAAAAUCAUAAUAAAGACCAAAAGAAAAGUAAACAUUUUAAUGUUGAAUAGAUGUUUUAAAAAUCUAAAUUUAACAGUGUAGUUUUCCUGUGUUGGCAUGUUAGCUUCACAUGCUAAAGGUUAGCUCGUGGCUAAGUGAAUCACUUCCUUUUCAAAAGGUUCAUUAUUUUUUUUUUAGAGAACCUACGAUGACGUCAAGAGUUCAGUUUGUUAAAGUUCGUCACGUUUUGUCAGCCAGCCAGCCAGCCAAUCAGAGAAGAGAGGGGGCAUGGCCAGUCCCUGUUUAUUGAUGAGGGAUCUAUUUGUGUUGAGUCUGUUUGUUUUUUUUGGGUUUAAUAAAGUUUGUGUUUCACCAGCAGACGAUGAUGAUGCUUCCUGUCGGGUCACAUGACCUUUCUCAUGUCUUCACAUGCUAACAGGCUAGCAUCCUCAGUUUAUUAGGAUUUAUACACGUGUCUCGUUGUCGUCAUG